CUACUCCAUCUUGCACUGUCAUCCCGCCGCUAUCGCGUCAAGUUUCUUCCGGUGCGCUCGUUGAUGCGCCUCCCAUACAGACGGCUGAAUUGGUGACGUCUGGCUAGAAUUCACGUUAUACCUGAACUUUAUCUGUGCCCAAACCUCAAUGGACUGGACUUUAACACCUUGUUAACGAGGUGUGGGAAUUUGCGCUCAAAGUAAGAGCAAUUUUCUCCAUGGAUUGGACCAGGCAAACCACUUUCAUUAGUACACCCACCACCGACUUCAUGACAUGAUGGAGAACCUGACGAUACACGACACACCUCCGCCCGGCCAGGGCACGCCCCAGGGCCAAUUCGCUGCACCGGGGCCGCAAACGAUAGGAGGACGGGCACCACCUCCGCAGCCCCAGCAACUUCCUCCUCAGAUGUUCACAACUGCUGCCCAACUUCUUGACCUCACGGACAAGAAGCUUCUCAUUUGCUUGCGCGACGGCAGAAAGCUUACUGGUAUACUGCGAAGUUGGGACCAGUUCGCCAACAUCGUCCUGCAAUCCACUAUCGAGCGGACGUAUUACUCUCUGCCUGACGCCACAGAGGAGUCACCUAUUAAGGGAUACUUUGCCGACCAGAAGCACGGCAUUUUCCUUGUCCGCGGCGAGAACGUUCUACUUCUCGGCGAGAUCGAUCUUGACAAGGACGACGAGACCCCGGCAGGCUUCGAGGAGAGAGAACCCAAGGAAGUAGAGCAGAUGGUCAAGGAGAAGAAGGCCGCCGACAAGGCCAGGGAGAAGAAGAGAUUAAAGAAGUUGGCCACGCUCGGUUUCGAAGGCGAGAACAUGGGCGAGAUCCUGCUAUAGGACAAAAGCGAAUACCACGGCUAUUGCUACUGCUGCCGUAUCAGGGACCGUCAACGGUGCUGACGCAUACCAGUAGCAGCCAUGAUGUCAGGGCAGAAUAUUGUGAAAUGCCUACCAUCCUUUGCGUUCUCGAAGCGCAGGAUGCUAUCUAGUACUAAGCUAGAAGCGAGAUUCGAAGACUUGAACCCCCUAAAUAAAAAUGAAAGCGCCAUAUUCGAUCAUGCAUGAACAGUGCUUUUUUGCAUGUGUAUCUGGUUAUCAGUAUACGAGAUUUGGC